AUGGCCUCCCUUGCUGCAGCAAAUGCAGAGUUUUGCUUCAACUUGUUCAGGGAGAUGGACAACAACCAAGGCACCGGCAACGUGUUCUUCUCCUCGCUGAGCAUCUUCACCGCCCUGGCCAUGAUCCGUCUGGGCGCGCGGGGCGACUGUGCCGCUCAGCUUGAUAAGAUGCUGCAUUUCAGCACCAUUUCCGGGCGCGGAAACUCCUCUGACACUCAGUCAGGACUCCAAUCGCAACUGAAAAGAGUUCUCUCCGAUAUAAACUCCUCCCACAAGGAUUAUGAACUCAGCAUUGCCAAUGGUCUUUUUGCAGAAAAAGUGUUUGACAUUCACAAGAACUUUAUUGGGUGUGCGGAAAAAUUAUAUCAUGCCAAAGUGGAACGGAUUGACUUUACACAUGAUGUAGAAGAUACCAGAUAUAAAAUUAAUAAAUGGAUACAAGAUGAAACACAUGGAAAAAUCAGGAACAUUUUCCCUGAAGGUAGCAUAAGCACAGCGGCUGUGAUGGUGAUGGUGAACGCUGUCUACUUCAAAGGCAGGUGGGAGUCUGCCUUCACCAAGCGCGAUACUCUCAACUGCCGUUUCAGAUCUCCUAAGUGUCCUGGGAAAGCAGUCUCCAUGAUGCAUCAAGAACAGAAGUUCAACAUGUCGGUCAUUAAUGACCCACCGAUGCAGGUCCUUGAACUCAGGUAUCAUGGCGGCAUUAGCAUGUACAUCAUGCUGCCUGAGAACGAGCUCUCCCAGGUCGAAAGCAAACUGAACUUCCGGAAUCUGAUGGACUGGACCAAUCCAAAAAAAAUGAGGCCUCAGUAUGUGGAGGUCUUCCUUCCUCAGUUCAAGAUAGAGAAGAAUUAUGAACUCAAACGUCAUUUAAAAGCCCUGGGGCUGAAAGACAUCUUUGAUGAAUCCAGAGCCGAUCUCUCCGGUAUCGCUGCGGGAGGUCGUCUGUAUUUGUCCAAGCUGAUGCACAAGUCCUACAUAGAGGUGACAGAGGAGGGGACAGAGGCCGCAGCUGCCACAGGAAAUAACAUCAUGGAAAAGCAGCUCCCUGAGUCCACGGUGUUCAGAGCCGAUCACCCAUUCCUAUUUUUCAUCAGGAAGGAUGACAUCAUCCUAUUUAGUGGCAAAGUCUCCUGCCCUUGA